AUACUGUAUUCUCUCAAAUAUUCAGACCUAGGUCACUGAAUUAAGUUUUUUUUUUAAAAAAAAAGGAAAGGAAGAGAAGAGAGAGAAAUGGCGUCCUCCAUGAUGACAUCAGCUGCCGUCAACCGCAUCACCCCGGCUCAGGCUAGCAUGGUUGCACCCUUCACCGGUCUCAAGUCCGCUUCGGCUUUUCCGGUCACUAGAAAGUCCAACAAUGACAUCACUUCUCUCCCUAGCAAUGGUGGAAGAGUGCAUUGCAUGAAGGUAUGGCCACCUAUUAAUAAGAAGAAGUACGAGACUCUUUCUUACCUUCCACCUCUCUCAAAGCCUCAAUUGGGCAAGGAAGUUGAUUACCUUAUUCGCAAAGGCUGGAUUCCUUGCUUGGAAUUCGAGACUGAGCACGGAUUCGUGUACCGUGAGCACCACAAUAGCCCAGGAUACUACGAUGGGAGGUACUGGACCAUGUGGAAGCUGCCCAUGUUUGGAUGCACAGACUCGUCGCAGGUGUUGAAGGAGCUCGAUGAGUGCACCAAAGAGUACCCUAAAGCCUUUGUCCGAAUCAUCGGAUUCGACAACAAGCGCCAAGUUCAGUGCAUCAGUUUCAUCGCCCACAAGCCUCCUGGCUACUAAAUUUCUUAGAGACGGACUCAUUGUGACUCAUCAUUCAGAGACAUUUAUCAGAGUUCUUUUUAAGUAAUUUAUUUACUUUCAAGUAACGUUUAUUUUAUUUGGUUUUUCACUUUUGAAAUUUUAUCUUUGAUUUCGGGCCCGGAUUUUUCCAAUGUAUUUUGGAAGAGAUUUUAAGUAAUAAUUUAAUGUUGUUCUUCAUUAAUAUAAUUUUC